CGGGGCUGAGCCACACAGCGUGCGAGGCUCCCCCAGCAGCACCGACUCCGAUCUCCGGGAGGCGCCCCCAGAGCUCCGAGGACUCGCCCCGCGUCGCGCGGUCCUGCCGACACCUGUUACCUCAAAGAGGACUUUGCCGCCCGCGCCCCCCGCCCCCACGUCCUCUGCCAGGCCCAGGAGCGCCGUCUGCAGCGCCGUCGAGGUGAUGGGCAGCCGGCCCCGCAGCCCCAGCGCCUGCCUUGCGCCCUGGUGGGGGCAGCAGCCAGGAGGACCAGGCCCUGCCAAGCGCAGCCGAUUGGAGGAGCCCGCGGGCCCCGAAUCCCGCGCGGCGCCCAGCCCGGAAGACCCGGCGGGGACCCCGGCCGUGGACGCGCUCACCUCCGUGGUGGUCCUGGCCGCGGGCUGUGCCCUGCGUGUGCCCCUGGACGACGUCGACCUGGUGCUGGAGCUCGCGCCAAUGUCGGUCCUGCGAGUGUCUCUCGGUGGACACACCCUCAUCGUGAUCCCCGAGGUCCUCCUGAGCUCCGGCGACGAAUGCUCAGGAGCGCAGGGCGACUGGUCUGCCGGCCUGGAAGUGGACGUUUUCCUGGGCGCUCACGGGGAAGACGUCGUCGUCGAGCAGGAAGUCUUCUGCGCAUCUGUCCCAGAGAUCGCCGCCCAGGAAGAGGCCUACGGGGAGGACGCGGACUCUGAAUUUCCGGAGCUCUGGAUGGACUCCGCAGCCGGCUCAGCCGCUGGGCUCUACCCCUCCGCUAGAAGUAUGUUCAGCCCCCACCGGGAGGGCCCCAUCCGAGGGCCCUGUGCUCUGGCCCCCAAUCCCAGUUCAGAGAGACGCUCUCCACGCCCCAUUUUCGACCUGGAAUUCCAUCUUCUGGAGCCUGUCCCCAGCUCACCUCUCCAACCUCUACCUCCCUCUCCGAGUCCAGGUCCCCACGCGCGCCCGGAGCUCCCAGAGCGCCCUCCGUGCAAGGCCCGGAGACGCCUGUUCCACGAAUGAGUUGCCUCCUACAAUCCCUUGCCACCCUGCUGGGCUCCAGGUUGCGUUGCAGAAUUUUGGAUCAGUGGCUGACUUAGAAAGUCUGGAAAAAAAGAUCCUCCUCAGCAUAAAAAUACGCUAGUUGAAAUACAGUCUACUUUCAGACUGUG